UGCACAUCUAGAUAACUUACGUCGCCGCUACGUAUACUACUCUCAUCACAUCUAAUUAUUCGCACUUCGCUCGCAUGUAUUCAUAUUUUGGUCCGUCACCUUCUAUAGUAUUGUGUCCCUAGCUAUCUCGGGAUAGUACACUACGAGUCGCUUUAGUUAUAGUACUACAGCAUAUAAAAAUGAUAACAAGCCCGGCGUCAGUUUAGACGCGCAGUUUGAUUGGUCCAGAACAAAAACUUUGACCGCGACUUCCAAGAGCCGAAAUGUCUUCCGCCGUCCUUUGCCAAAGCGAAACCUGUAUCAACGGUAAUCCCCCGUCACGGAUGGAAUGCCCUACGUGUAGCAAAUUAGGCAUCCGAGGUUCGUUCUUCUGCAGUCAGGAAUGUUACAAGGCAGGAUGUGAAGCACACAAAUUGAUUCACGAACUGGCGAAGAACCCUGGCUCCUCCGUGAAUGUUGGAAAGAGUCCUGAUUCCUACAAUCCGUUUCCUAAUUUUUCUUUUACUGGUACCGUCCGACCAUUGUAUCCGCUGUCUCCUCGGCGCACGGUCCCGGGCCAUAUUCCUCGACCUGACUAUGCCACAACCGGAAGACCAAAUUCGGAAAUGAGGGAAGCUGGUCAACCUCCACGGAUUCUCUCUUCGGAGGAAAUAGAGAAAAUGCGUACGGCCUGUCGGCUUUCCCGAGAGGUCCUCGAUAUCGCUGCAUCACAUGUACGUGCCGGAAUAACCACCGACGAAUUAGAUGAAAUCGUGCACAAUGCGACCAUAGAACGAAACGCCUACCCGUCUACCUUGAAUUACAGGAACUAUCCGAAGUCGGUGUGCACGUCUAUAAACGAAGUCAUAUGUCAUGGAAUUCCUGAUCAACGAAUCCUACAAGAAGGGGACAUCGUCAACAUUGAUGUGAGCUUGUUCUAUGAUGGCUAUCAUGGGGACGUCAAUGCGACCUACCCCGUUGGAAAAAUCGAUGAAGACUCUCAGAAACUGAUCCGAACCACCCGCGAAAGCCUGGAUGCCUCUAUCAAACUGUGCAAACCAGGGGCUCUUUUCCGUGACCUUGGAAAGGCCAUCGAACCCAUCGCACGCGCCAAUGGAUGUGCCGUCGUCAGAUCGUAUACCGGUCAUGGUAUCCACGAGCUAUUCCAUUGCUCACCAAAUAUCCCGCAUUACGCCAAGAAUAAGGCGGUCGGGACCAUGAAGACUGGCAUGAUAUUCACCAUUGAACCGAUGCUUAACCUCGGAACAAAUUGGUCGGAAAUUCAUUGGCCUGAUAACUGGACGGCUACCACUGUAGACGGGAAACGUAGCGCCCAAUUUGAGGAGACCUUGCUCAUCACGGAGACGGGGGUUGAAAUCCUCACUGCAGGGAGAUCUCCAUCGAUCUAAAAAUUUGCCUCCGCAUGCGACAAUUAUUAUUUUGAUACCGCGGAAGCAAAACUCUAAAGCGUGAACCUUAGAAUGUUCUAUUCAGCUAAUCGGGACACCUGGCCUCACAGGGCAGGUCUAGACGACGACUAAGUAGACACUAGUAGACAGGUCUCCGAUAUCUCAUAUCGGGACAUAUCAGGAGCAUCAUCGCAAGCUUGA